CCUUCAAUACUCUGCUUAAACCCUCAAAUUUCCUACUCUUUUUCCCUAGCCUAUAUUUCCUUACUCUUUUUCCCUAGCCUGUACACAAGCUAAACACCAAACAAAGACAAAGAUUUAAACACACAAAGGCGGAAUCUUGAUAUCUCUGGUUUAGCCAUUUUUCGCCGGAAUCUUGAUUUGCCGGUGAACUCUUUAACAACCCUUAAAGGAUAAGACCAAUGCCUUAUAAAUGAGAUUCCUUUUAUGAAGAUUUAUUAGUUUUUUUUGUUGAGUUUCUUCAAGGACUAGAAAGGGAAAAAAGAAAAAGAAAAAAGGUUGGUUUUCUUAUAGGGAAAAUGAUAGGGGGGUUGAAGUUACUAUUUUUAUGGGCUUUUUCGAUUUCGAUUUUAGCUUCAAAAACGGUGGUUGCCGGAGUUCCGGCCAGUGGGGUGCACAGAAAUGCCUAUGCUACCAUGAUGUAUAUGGGUACACCAAGAGACUAUGAGUUCUAUGUUGCGACACGUGUCAUGCUACGAUCACUUUCUCGGCUUGGGGUUGACGCUGAUCUCGUCGUUAUUGCUUCUCUUGAUGUUCCUCUUCAUUGGGUCCAAACUCUAGAACAGGAAGAUGGUGCAAAGGUGGUCAGAGUUGAAAAUUUGAACAAUCCAUACAAAGGGCAAUCCAAUUUUAAUUGGAGAUUCAAGUUAACGCUGAACAAACUUUACGCGUGGAGCCUAACAGAUUAUGAACGGGUCGUCAUGCUUGAUUCUGACAACCUUUUCCUCCAGAAUACAGAUGAAUUGUUCCAAUGUGGUCAAUUUUGUGCUGUCUUCAUCAAUCCCUGCAUAUUCCAUACCGGUCUCUUUGUAUUGCAGCCAUCAAAAAUUGUAUUCAAAGACAUGCUUCAUCAGUUAAAGGUUGGAAAGGACAAUCCAGAUGGCGCGGACCAAGGUUUUAUCGGAGGCUACUUCCCCAAUUUACUAGAUCAGCCAAUGUUCCAUCCUUCCCUUAACGGUACAAAGCUCCAGGGGAAUUAUCGACUGCCUCUGGGUUACCAAAUGGAUGCCUCUUAUUAUUAUCUCAGACUCCAUUGGUCGGUACCAUGUGGACCUAAUAGUGUCAUUACUUUCCCUGGUGCACCAUGGUUAAAGCCUUGGUAUUGGUGGUCAUGGCCUGUUCUUCCUUUGGGCAUCCAGUGGCAUGAACAGCGACGUCAAACUCUCGGGUAUGAUGCAGAGAUGCCACUAGUGCUGAUUCAAACUGUACUUUACCUUGGAAUAAUUGUAAUGACACGCCUAGCACGUCCUAAUUUAUCUAAGUUGUGCUAUCGACGUGAAGACACCAAGAGCAUCUUCUUAAUGCGUACUGGCCUGAAGUCUAUCGCGAUAUGGUCCAUUCUUGCAGCCUACAUUGUUCCGUUCUUCUUGAUUCCUCGCACGGUUCAUCCACUAAUCGGGUGGGGCCUCUACUUACUAGGCUCUUUCGCACUAUCGUGUGUAGCAAUGAACACAUUCUUGUUGCCAAUGCUGCCUGUUCUCGUGCCAUGGCUAGGAAUAUUCGGGGCACUUUUGGUCAUGGCUUAUCCUUGGUAUUCUGAUGGUGUUGUAAGAGCACUAGCUGUAUUUGCGUAUGCGUUUUGCGCGUCCCCCGUGGCAUGGACAGCAUUAGUAAAAAUAAUGUCUUGUCUUAAUGUUUCACUUGAGAGGGAAGGAUUCUUGCCUAGGUUGAGUGAAUCUGCUGCACCUGCUGGUUUCAAUAAGCUGUAUUGAAUUUGAAAAUAUGAAAGUUGAAGAUAUCAAAUAGGGAAAUUUUUCAAAAAAAAAAAAAAAAAAAAAAAAAAAGGACUUGAAUUAUUGAAUUAUCCAAUGGAGAAAUUAUGGAAGUUUGCUUGAAUUGAUCUUAGGGAAAUCUACUUA